UGCAUUUCUCAUUGUGGCAGAAAGGGGCUGAUUUUUGUCUGCUGGGCAUCCUCAGUGAAAGCACACUGAGAACUGUGGGCAGGGUGUGGAGGUGGGCCGGGUACAGCCCUGCAGGUCACAAUGUUUGUAAAUAAGUCUGCCGAGUGGAACUGCAGCUCUGAACCCUCAGCGCUGGGUCAGAUGCUGAGCUCGCUGACUGCAGCUGAAGCUGACAGUGCUGUGCUCAGGGCUCGUGCCUCUUUGGUCAGAAGAAGAGCAGGUGCUGACGGUUCCCUCAGCUGAGCUCGGGGCUCAGCUCCUGCCUCUGAGGAGAGGAUAAAUCAGUACAAUAGGACGCUGCCAUUCCCCUGAUAAAGAAUGGCUUAUUCCAGUUCAACAUGGGACUUUGUUGCACUUUCAGAUCUGCAUCCAAAUCUUGCUCGUCCCAAUGUAAUCGGUGUGGUUAUUGGAAAAACAGAUGUCAGAGGCUUUCCAGACAGAAAAAACAUUGGGUCUGAAAGAUACACAUUCAGUUUCACUAUUCGUGACUCACCAACUUAUUUUAUUAAUGUAAAUUCUUGGGGCAGAGAAGAAUAUAUUAGAUCCCUUUCAGAAAGCUUUAGAGUUGGUGACUGUGUUACAAUUGAAAAUCCUUUAGUCCAGUCAAAGGAAGGAGAAAAGGAAGAAAAAUUCAACCCUGCGACUCCGAGUUGCUACAAAUUGCUGAUCAGUGAAAGUCAUUCAGUUGUCAAAACUUCUUCAUGUUACGAAAUGGACACCAAACUACUUUCUCUGGUGCAUCUACCUGUCAAGGACCCUCAGGAUUAUUAUUCAUUGGGUGAUAUCACUGCAAAUGGACAGAGCCUUGAUGGAAGAAUUCUUAAUGUGCUUGCAGCUGUAAUGUCAGUUGGUGAGCCAAAGUACUUCAUAACUUCAGACAAAAGAAAAGGUCAGAGGUGUGAAGUAAAGCUCUACGAUGAAACAGAGAUGUCUUUCCCAAUAAUAUGUUGGGAUAAUGAAUCUAUCCAGCUUGCACAGAGUUGGAUCCCACGAGAAACAGUAAUAUUUGCAUCAGAUGUGAGAGUAAAUUUUGACAAAUUCAGGAACUGUAUGACUGCAACUGUGAUAUCAAAGACCAUUAUUACAACUAAUCCAGAAACUGCUGAAGCAAAUGUUCUCUUCAGCUUCAUAAAAGAGAGUGCACAAUCAGGAGCUCUGCAUGAUAAAAUGGAGGAACAACUGAAAGAAUCCAUUAACUUGGAGACGAUAGUUGAUGUUUAUACUGUGAAGCAGCUGAAGGAAAAAGCUCUACAGAGUGAUGGAAAACCUGAACCAGUCUUAGGCAUAAUUUAUGGCUACAUUUCUAUGCUGGACAUUGAUGAUAACGUAUCUAAAGUUAUUCGCAACAGAUGUUCAGUAUGCCAUUUUGUGGUGAAUGAAACGUCAAACACAUGCACCUUCUGUGGUGACAUCUCUUCAGACUCAAAGCCAACUUUCGUGAGCUUUGACAUCCUCGUUGAUCUGACAGAUCAUACAGGCACCCUUUACUCUUGUUACCUAUCUGACUGCAUAGCUGAGGAAACCUUAGGCUGCACUGUCCAUGAGUUCCUCACUCUAGCAGAAGACAAGAGGACUGCAUUGAAAUGGCAACUUCUUCUGGAACGGAGCAAGAUUUAUUUUAAAAUUACCUUGUCACCCAGUUGGAGAACUGGUCUGAAAGUGAAUAUACUUUCAUGCAAACCAGCAGACCCUAUAGAGGCAAGUCAGAGCCUGCUGGGAAAGAAGCUGCACCAUGUGGCUUGGUAACAGCUGGGAAAAGACCAUUUCUUCACCAAGUUAUUGGAGGUAGAAGGUUGUUGUCACUGUUAUUUUGCCAAGGAAUAUGCAUUACUAACUGUUGUAAGGGGGUUUCUGUGGUGAUGUUUUUAAGGUGAUUGUACUUUAAAAAGUGUAGCAGGUCCACAGCCUAAGAAAAGUUAGUUCUACUGAAUUUAACCCUUUAGAAGGGAGGUGGAAGCCUUCUUCACUCAGUUUGGGAAAUAUGGGAAACUUCUGAAAAACCAGAAAUAACAAUUAGCACAGGACAGAUCUCUUGACUUUUGUUUUUUAACUGCUAUGCUACUGUUGUGCUACUUCUGUGUAACUUAAAAAUAAAUAAAGGCCCACUUUCAAAUACUAAUGCGUUUGUGGCAUAUGUUGGUGAGUCCAAACAUAAAGCCUUUGGCAACUGCAGAGGCUUGGAAUGGAAACAGCAAAGAUUUUUGCAAGUUUUCUUUUCUCUAGGGCAGACUAAGUUUUCUUAGAACAGAGUAAUCAUUUAGCAGGGACCUCUGAUGACCAAAUAAUCAGGCUAAGACUGUAGGUGGCAGACACGAAAGAACUCUUCCCCAGCACAGUUUUUCUUAGCUGAACAUAAUGAACCCAGGUAUGUACAUUUUGCCAUUCUCCAGGGUUUUGUUUGUUUAUCUAUUUCUGUAUUAGCAUAGCCUGCAGUUGAUUUCCAGCAGUCCUCAUCUUCUAAGCAUACCUGGGACACAAGGUACACUUUGACUUCUAUAGGCCAGGGGCUUGUUCUGCUCAGAUAUAAUGGCUAAAUGUUGUGUUUCAGUUGGCCUCAGUUCCUUAGGCCAUAGUAUUUAGUAAUUACAAGGCCUCAUCAGACAAAGAGAUUUUACAUGUGCUUUUAAGCCACUGACUGAAGCUAAAAUGCAGCAAUCUGAAGUGCACACAUGCUGGCAGGAUUAGUGCCUGGUGGAGGUGGUGUUGCGGGGGCAUGCACAACUGUUGUUCCUAAGGAUAUCUUCAAAAGAAGUGUGAAAAGCAGCUACAUUUUCCUUUAAGCACAGUGCCUUGAAGCUCAUACAUUUGCAAAAUAUAAUCCUAAAUCUUGGAAAUAAAACCACUGAAAUGAGCCCCUCCCAGCAUGCAAGUCUGUGCUUUGAGAAUGCACACCUUUCAAAAUGGUGGCCUACUGUAGAAAUCACAGUUAAAAACAUCUACAGUUUUAAAGAUUAUUUGCUGUAAUGAUAAAAACAUACGUGGCACUUUGCAGACACCUUUCCCAUAGGCUUCCCUGUGUUUCACUGCUGUUCUUUUCCACUGCAGCUCCCAGUGAUGCCAGGGGGAGCCAGCGCUGGCCCCCGCAGCCUGGAGUGGAGCACCUCUGACUGCUGCUUGAUCACCCAUGGGACAGCCCCUGGAGCCCCUCAAGCUAAAAAGACCCCUCCUCGACAGCUUGCAGAGCACAGGGCUGCACACCCCGAGUGGAUUCCAGUCCUCAGGUUCAACUUUUUAUUUUUCCUUGAGUACAUUCUUGCUACUUUACUGCGUCUGUGCAAGGAAGCCAAGCAUGGGUGGA